AUGGGGCUAUAUCAGCAGCAAUACCCUCUGGCAUUUCCUGUCAUGGAUUUCCGUCGUCGGUUGGAUGAACGGCCUCCCAUAAAGAGAGACUUCUACUACGUCUUUGGUGGUCCUGGCGCUGGCAAAGGCACAAUCUGUGCUCGACUAGCACACGAUCUAGGUCUCUUACACGUCUGCGUCGGCGAUCUUCUUCGAGAUGACCCACAAUUGAUUGACAUGGAAGACGCAAUGCGAGAAGGAAGACUGAUGCCGAACUACGUGGUUGCAAACGCUCUUGGGAAAGAGUUGUCCAGAACAACUGGCCCCGUUCUCCUGGACGGAUUUCCUCGUAGUCAGGACCAAAUGAUGAUGUUCCAGCACGAUUUCUGCCCACCAAAAUACGCCUUAUAUUUCUCUUGCGACAGUGAGACAAUGGAACGUCGCGUUCUCGCUCGGGGCCAGACUUCGAACCGAAUCGAUGACAAUAUAGAGGCAUUCUGCAAGCGUUACGUCCAAUUUGAGACGGAGACUAUGCCAUGUGUCCAUUCUAUGAGAGGUAUUAGUAGACUGGUCGAGUUCAACUGUAGUGGUGAUUUGGACGAAGUUUAUGAGGAUGUCAAGAACAAGCUUGAGCAACUCAUGAAUUGGGAUGGGGAAGGGGUUUAUGACUUUUACUUGAUUGUCGUUGCGUCUUAG